AUGGUCACCAUCAAAGAUGUUCGGGAUUCCAAUGCUACUUUCAAAGCUAUAGCUACUCCUGGUAUGGUUGCCGUCUUUGUGGGUGCAACAUCGGGUAUCGGAAUGGGUACAUUGAAAGCAUUUGUCAAGUACGCAAAUGCUCCGAAAGCAUAUAUUUUUGGACGUUCAGAAUCAGCUGCGGGUCGUCUGGUCAAUGAUCUGAGACUCUCAAACCCAUCAGCAAUACUGUGUUUCCCUGAAGGCGAAAAAUCAUCUGAAGGAAUUGACAGUCCUCAAUCUCUCCGUUACUAUUCUCGUCUCCGCUUUGCCUAUGAUUUGCUCCCUCUCCUGCAAGCCGCACCCAAACCCCGUGUCAUUUCAAUCCUAGCGGGUGGUCGAGAGAAAUCUAUUGAUCUCAACGACCUCGAAGUGAAGCAAAAUUUCAGCAUGAUGAAAGCUGCCAGUAAUGGAACAACUCAAACAACUCUAGCUUUCGAAGAACUAGCGAAGUCUAACCCUCGCAUUUCUUUCAUUCACAAGUAUCCAGGAUUCGUUGAUACUGGAGCGGUUGGUAGAUUGAUGUCUUCUACGACGGGAAUUUAUGCUAUCCUAGCAACUUUCUUUAGAUUGAUGGUAUUACCUGUUCUCAAUCUAUUUGCAAUGAGCGUGGAGGAAGCCGGUGAAAGAGGAUUAUUCUUAGCUAUUAGUUCAAGGUAUCCGCCUACCGAGCUAAGAGAGGGAGGUGUCUCAGGGGUAGAAUUGCCUGCUCGUGUGGAGGUCGCAAGGAGCUCGGUAGUAAAUGAGAAUGGAGGGUCCAAUGGGGUCUACAGACUUAAGGCAGAUGAUCACUCUGCACCUGAUGGUGACAUAUUACCGGAUUACAGGAAGGAUGCUGGGAAAAUUGUUUGGGAGAGCACGGUGAGUGUUUGA